AUGAAAAUACUGAGAUUUAUCCCUUUACUGCUUUGGUAUCUGACUUGGGACUAUUUCGAUUUAGUCCCUUUGGUGCUGGGCCUUUCUGAACAAGGACAAACCCAUCCAGGAGCUAAAGUAGAGAUUCCUGUAGCAGCAGUAAAAGAAAAGAUCCCUCUACUGAAGCUCAACACAACUAAAGCUGGAAAUGCUGGUCAUGGAACUGGGCUUGCACAGGCUAGAAAUAAGAGUCCUGUUCAAGAAAGGGUUCUUCAAGCGAAAAAUGUUGAACCAAAGAAAGAAGCUUCAAAAAGACCUUCUCCAGAAAACAAGAAUGGAAAUACUGAAAAUAAGCAACCUGCAGCGAAAAUUGUGAACGCAAGGACAUUACUCCUUGGUGGAAAGGCCUCGACCAAAAUUGUCAAUGUCCAUGCAGAUUCUGCUGGAUUCAAACCAAAAAAGCCUUCAAACCCUAUUCCUGAGAAGGAACAAAAGGACACUUUUAAGCAUCCUCUCAUCACUCCCCAUGAGUACAUGCUCUCACUAUAUAGAACUCUUUCUGAUGCUGAAAGAAGAGGCAUGAAUGGGAGCCUGAAACUCGAAGCAGGUUUAGCGAACACUAUCACCAGUUUUAUAGACAAAGCUCAAGAUGAACGAAUGACAGUGACCAGAAGACAAAAAUACGUAUUUGAUAUCAGUGCUCUGGAGAAAGAUGGUUUGCUGGGCGCAGAACUCCGUAUCUUAAGAAAAAGACCUUUAGAUCCUAAAUUUCAGCUGUCUGGAAAAUUUUUGCAAAUAAAAUUAUAUAUUUGUCCAGCAAACAAGAAGCCGGCUACUCUCUUGGAUUCUCGUGCUCUCAGCAAUAGCGACACACCAAAGUGGGAGGUUUUUGAUAUCUGGAAACUUUUCAAAAACUUUAAAAACUCUGCUCAGUUGUGUUUUGAGCUAGAGGUGUUGGACAAGGGUAAACCUGUUGAUUUAAAAACUGUGGGGUUUAACAGGACCGGUCGGCAGACUAAUGAGAAGGCUAUUUUUCUCGUCUUUGGUAGGACAAAGAAGAGAGAUUUGUUUUUUAAUGAAAUUAAAGCCAGGUCUGGCCAAGACGAUAAAACUGUCUAUGAGUAUUUAUUCAACCAACGGAGGAAGAGAAGGGCACCAUUUCCAGCGAGAAAGAGGCCAAAUAAGAAUUCAAAAGCCAGAUGUAGCAAAAAGCCUCUUCAUGUGAACUUCAAGGACAUGGGGUGGGAUGAUUGGAUUAUUGCACCUUUGGAAUAUGAGGCAUAUCAUUGUGAAGGUCUUUGUGAAUUUCCUUUGAGAUCUCACUUAGAACCAACAAACCAUGCAGUAAUCCAAACUUUGAUGAACUCAAUGGACCCAGAAACUACACCUCCUACAUGCUGUGUUCCAACAAGGCUGAGUCCAAUUAGCAUACUAUACAUAGACUCGGCCAACAAUGUGGUCUACAAGCAAUAUGAGGACAUGGUUGUUGAGUCUUGUGGUUGCAGGUAG